AACAGCAUCCAAACCACACAACAUGAUCGCUCUCAAAGCAACAGCCCUCCUCCUCCUCGCGGUCGCAGCAUCCGCCCGGCCCUCCGACGAAUGGGAGCCCGAGGGGCACACGCACUCCGAGCACACGAAGCCCUACCACGUGACGGUGGUCAAGAAGAUAGGGGUCCCCGUGCCCCACCCGGUAGCCGUCUCCGUGCCCCAGUACGUGAAGGUGCCCAUUCCGCAGCCCUACCCUGUGCACGUCACCGUGGAGCAGCCGAUUCAUGUACCUGUUUACAAGGUCGUGCCUCAAAUAGUGGAGAAGCCUGUACCCUACACCGUUGAGAAGCCCGUGCCCUAUGAGGUCGAGAAGCCUUAUCCCGUUGAGGUCGAGAAGAAGGUUGAGGUCCCCAUCCCCAAGCCUUACCCUGUCCACGUGCCCGUGUACAAACACAUCUACCACCACAAGGGGGGCAAGCACUAAAUAAAAAAUAAAAAAUAGGCAGAAUGCGUCAGCACCUUUGCCUAACAAGACUCCAGCGAAAAAGUAUAAAGCUUACUUUGUAAGCCUCUUGUUUCGCUAUCGUCUCUUUUGCGAUUGGGCUCCGUCGAUCGUUGGGUGUUACCCUUGUAAAUAAAUACA